AUGUUAAGAAAAGCUGCAACAACUUUGCAACUAGAGGAACACGACGUCACUGAGCUGAUAGCAGAACUGGAAGAAGAAAAAUUACAAGUGCAAUUACAAUCGCAAAGGAAGAACUUGCUACGAACUUCAACAGAAAAUAAUUAUAAUGGUUUAGCCGACUCAUCUAUUAACUCGAUUAAUCAAGAAGUACAAACUUCACAACUAAGGAAUGGGGAAAUGUCAAAUCAAACUGCAUCUUUAUUCCAGACAAGUCCUAUAGAUAACACAAAACAUUACCCUUCUAUACCUGAAAGAUCAGUAGAUACUAAAAAUUCAAAUAAUAAUCAAAAUCAUAAUAACGAAUAUAAUCCAUUCUAUAAUCAACGAAAUGAGUAA